AGAAACAUAAACAUAAACAUGGCGGAGGGGGAUCCAGGUGAUAGCGACCAGAAGACGAAGUCAACUGAAGAUGAGAGCUCGGAGACUAACGCUACUGCGUUUCUGCAUGACCAGGACCUCAAAAGCGUCCUGGUCACCAGCGUUUUGAACCUGGAGGAGCUCGACGUAGACCUGUACAGAGGGACACACCACUGGGUGCCCCGCAGUCAGCGUUUGUUUGGCGGUCAAAUAGUGGGUCAGGCCCUCGUAGCCGCGGCCAAAUCUGUCAGCGAUAAUCUCUUUGCCCAUUCUCUCCACUGCUACUUUGUACGAGCAGGGGAUCCUAAGGUUCCGGUGCUGUACCAGGUGGAGCGCACCAGAGAUGGACGCAGUUUUGCAGUGCGCUCUGUGAAGGCCAUCCAGCACGGACAACCUAUACUGACAUGCCAAGCCUCCUUCCACAUGCUGCAGCCGAGUCCCCUGCAGCACCAGUUCACCAUGCCGGUGGUCCCACAGCCUGAAGACCUCCUCACCGUAGAGGAGCUUAUUCAUCUUUAUCUCAGUAAACCAGACUUGGCAGAGAAAUCCAAGCAAGGCCUGAACAAACUGCUGGCUAAUGAGGUCCCCAUUGAGAUCAAACCAGUCAACCCGCCACACUUUUACAGACGGGCUGCAAGUGAGCCGAAGAAGCUGUUCUGGGUGCGAGCACGAGGACAUAUAGGCGAAGGCAACAUGAAGCUGCAUUGCUGCGUUGCUGCCUAUGUGUCCGACUUUGCAUUCCUGGGCACGGCGUUGCUGCCCUAUCCGGACUACAGGGCCCACUUCUCGGCCUCCCUGGACCACGCCAUGUGGUUCCACAGCACGUUCCGCACCGAUGAGUGGAUGUUGUAUGAGUGUGAGAGCCCUUGGGCAGGGGGCAGCAGGGGACUGGUUCAGGGCCGAAUGUGGAGAAGAGACGGGGUGCUGGCUGCCUCAUGUUCCCAGGAGGGUGUCCUGAGAGUGAAACCAGUCACAGAGUCCAGCAAACUUUAAGCACAUUCAUGACACAUUGUUUUAUUUUUAUAACUCUCUAAUCAUGUAAAUGUUAUUUAAAACUAAUGUUUGAAAUGUUUAAUUUAUAAUUAAUGCUUAUUUUAAAGCUAGGGUGGGUAAUUUCUUUACUGUAAUAUUUGGCAAAACUGUCCUAAUAGCCAGUCAGCUAUAUGUAGGUGAAGUGCUCUGAGAAUAUCUGCUCAUAACUUUGCUCUCCCCUGCCUCUGUGGGCCGCACCCAAAAAUUGCCACCGCUCAUGUACACUUUGACCAAUCAGAGCGAGGCUCCGAUUCUCCGUUCUUAUUGGCUGCGGAAUCGGACAUGGUGUUUCGUCUUCCUAUCAAUGUAACUGAAUUCACAUGAACGCGCAUAACUGACGUUCGGUGGGAGGAGCUACAGCAGGUAGCGUGGCAGGGAGAGGCCAGAGAGCACGCGACGGAAUCUCAACGGCUGUUUUCUCCAAAAUCGCCCACCCUAGCUUUAAUAAGAACAUGCUAAAAGGUAAUUGUUUUUCCAGUCAAUAAAGACUGAAAAUGUUUUUAAUGGAUGAAUGCUUUUCAUUUGUUAGAUGAGACAUAUUUACAAGUUUCUCAUAGCAAAAAUUGAUGCAACGCUUUAGUCAUUAAUGCUUGUAUGUGAAAUGAAACUACUUUAAGAUCAAAUUCUACUAGUAGGACUUGGCUGUAGCUUUUAAAAUGCCAUAGUUCUGACAGUUCCACAAAGUAAAAACUUGAAUAGCAUAAUAUUUGUAUUCCUGCCUGCAAAUGCAACUAUCCCGGCAGCUGUCCCAAGGGUUUUUUUCCCCAAUCGCAUGUAAAAAUCUGCCUGUUAAAGAGAAUAAAGCAAGUGGAUGGAAUGUAGAGAGAAGAACGCCGAAGGGAAGGAACGGCCUGGUCCACUAGCAUUGAGUGAAAAAACUUAAAUUAUUGUGGAGGAGGACAGUCAAGGAAAUGUACAACCUGAUCCACAAAUGCAAAAUGACAAAAAGUCCAUCACCGUUGUCCAAGAAAGCCUGAAAAACGUACAGCCUGAUCCUCAUAGGGAGACAAAAAAAAAGGGAAGUGAUUGUGGAGAAGGACAGGACGAAACUGUACAGAUUGUUCCAACUGCUAAAUCAGUUUUUUACGAGGUGGCAGACUUGAAGUGCAUAAUGCUUAAAGGCUGUAGACACAAAAUGUUAGCCAGGAACUUUUGGAAUGUCUUGUACAGUAUUUGGUUUUGAGGGGUGGUAGGUUUUUCCUCACACGGCUACAGAUUCAAUUCAAUUCAAUUCAAUUCAGUUUAUUUUGUAUAGCCCAGAAUCACAAAUUACAAAUUUGCCUCAGAGGGCUUUACAAUCUGUGCACAUGCGACAUCCUCUGUCCUUCCCUCACAUCAGCACAGGAAAAACUCCCCUAAAAAACCCAUUUAACAGGGAGAAAAAAGGAAGAAACCUAUGGGAGAACGACAGAGGAGGGAUCCUUCUCCCAGGAUGGACAGAAUGCAAUAGAUGUCAUGUGUACAGAAUGAGCAGCAUAACAGUUCUUAGAUACAACACAUUCAAUGUAUAUGACAUAAAUGAUUCAUAUAAUAUAAGAUGAAAUGAGGAUAACAACGUUACACGUAAAGAAGAGUCUUAAGUUCUUUGGUCUCCUCUUUCAGGUUUCGGUACCGCUCUCGAUCCGGAUCAGCCUCCCAAGACUGACCAUUUCUAUGACAACGUACUAAAUAAAAGGAGAAUUUUAUAAUGAUAGGGACCGCCUCGGUCUGUGUUCCAUGUAGCUGAGAUUUUAACAGAUUAAAAUUGUUUUUUGUUUUGCUUUUCAAACUGCUUGAUGAAAUCCACAUUUUCUGGUUAACUUAUUUAAAACAUUUGUUUGAUUUUCUCUGAAGUGAUUAUCAUUAAAACUAUUAU